AUGUUGAAGCGAGUCCCUCUAGCCGUGGGCGUGCUUUUCACGCUGACAGCGUUUAUCCUCACGAUCGUGGCGACAGCCGGGUCGAACUCCAACCACAAGCCUAUCAAUAACGUGUACCUCGGCGAGGCAGACAUCUCGCGGAUCAACGUGACCAAGGUGAUUCCCGAGACGGGACCCGUGCUGGGCGUGCUCGCGGGGCUCAUGAACGGCGCCGCCAGCGGUAGCGCCAGCGGCAACGCCAGCGCGCAGGAGGCGCAGAUUGAGGCCGCCGCCAACACGGUGAUCGAGGCGCUCAAGCGCGUCGCGCAGUCGCCCGCGGCGCUGCAGCCGCUGAUGACGCUGCUCGGCGACUCAUCCAACGUGUCGCAGACGGUAGGCGCGCUGGCGCAGGUGGCCAAGUCCAACAUGUCGCUCGCGUCGUCGUCGGGCUCGUCGCAGCAGAUCACGAUGGUGACGCAGCUGCUGCAGACGUCGUCCAACGCGUCCGAGACGCUGCAGGGCCUCGCGGGCAUGCUGCAGACCGCCAACGCCACGAGCGCCGCGCAGCAGCGCGCCGUGCUCGGCGUGCUCGGCGACUCGUCCAACGCCACGGCCUCCGUGGACGCGCUCGUGCAGCUCGACAACCAGACCGCGGCCAGCCGCGCGCAGCUCUCCCCCGUGCUCGCCAUCUUCCAGUACUCGUCCAACACCACGGGUACGCUGUCGGCGCUCGGCUCCAUCAUGAGCGCCAACAUCUCGUCGUCGACCGCCGAGACCCUGCUCUCGGCGCUCAAGGACAGCGGCUCCAGCAUGCAGCAGACGCUGAGCAUGCUCGCCGGCGCUACCUCCGACGACUCACAGCGCGCCUCGAUCCUCGCGCUCGAGCUGCUCUUCAACAGCUCCAGCGACUCCCAGCAAACGCUCUCCACCCUGACCUCGCUCAUCCAGAGCAACGUCACCACCUCGCCCACCGCGCGCAACUCUUUUGCCGCGCUCUCCUCUCUGUUCUCGCACUCCUCGAACAAGACCCUGGUCUUGAGUUCUGUCUCGCUGCUGGCCAACUCCUCCUCUACGGCUUCCUCCGCGCAGCUCACUGCGCUCCAGGAGCUGCUCGAGUCUUCCACCAACACCAACACCACCUUGAGCGUGCUCCAGCAGGUGGCUGCGUCUUCCAACUCGUCGUCCGCGGCCGCCAGCGCGCAGAGCCUGACCCCAAUCGCCAGCCUGCUGGCGGGCGCCAAGAACAGCACCCUCACCCUGCAGUCCGCGCUCCAGCUCACCCAGGCCAUGGCGGCUAACAGCACGCUCUUCCAGCCCCUGCUCAGCAUACUCAGCACCGCCAAGAUGGGCAGCACCGACAUCACCCGUGACACCCUGGACACCAUGAUGCCCGUUAUCAUGGACAACUUGAACGUGAACUCGCACUACAGACUCGCCAUCUUCACCCUGUGCCGCGGACUGAGCGACGGCAAGAUGCGCAAGUGCAAUUCGCCCCACGCCGUCCAGAACUUUGUGCUGAGAGACAUCCUGUAUGAUGAGCUCGAGAACUCCGACUUCAAGCCCUACAUGCAGGCGCUAAACGUCCAGAAGAGCGACAUGUACCUAGAGGGUUCGCUGCAGAAAAAACAGGACUCCUACGUGCCAGCGGUGCGCGCCGUGCUUGCUUUCAACCUGUUGGCUAUCAUCUUGUCUUUCUUCCUGAUGCUAGCGAUGCUGGCCGUUUUCUUCAUGAAGAGCGGCGCCGGAAAGCGUGAGAAGCUGACCCUCCUAACCUCCAGAGUCCUAGCAUUCCUCGUCACCCUGUUCACGCUGCUCUCCGGUGCCAUCACCGCCGCUUUCGUGGGCAUUAUCAAGAGAGACACGAAGAAGGAUGACUACAAUGUGUCCUUUGCCACUGGUUCUGCGUUCCAGGGUCUGAUCUGGACCGCGUUUGUCCUCGCGCUGAUCACUUUUGUCUUGCUAUUUUUCGUGAGACCUAAGGCCGAACAGAAGGACCUGGAUCUCGGCGAGUUCCAACCCGCCGCGCCUACCAGUUCUUCAGACGACCCAGAGCCACUCACCGAAAAGUCUACCAAGGACGCUCCAGAGCAGCACGUUGUCUGA